AUGGACAGAUUCUACAGGCUACUUCGGCUACGCGUGUACUUUGCUAACGACCCUGACCCAGAUGAUGUAGAGGAUACUCCGUCAGAAGAGUCUCCCGUCGCACCCCUGAUCAAUCCAUUCAAACAUAAAAGUAAAUGGAACCCUCCUCCCAGCAGAGUACCUGCUCUCGAAGCGUUCAUCAGUGCAGUGAAGGAGGAAGUAACCGCCCACUUAAACCACACGCAGACAACCAAGGACAAUCUGUCACCUUUGGAACGCCAGGCACUCAAAUCCCUGAAAAAUAAUUCGGACAUUGUCAUCAAGCCAGCGGACAAAGGCUGUGAAGUUGUUAUAAUGAACAGGGACGACUACAUCCAAGAGGCUAAUCGGCAACUCUCCAACGAGACAUUUUAUCGUAAGGUCGAUAGUGACCUGACGCACGUACACGCACAGCAGAUUAUUAAUACCAUCAAUAGAAUUUUAGAGAAGGGUGAUAUUGACAACGAUACCGCGAAAUUCCUGCGCCCCGAAAACCCUCAAGCAGGAAAGUUUUAUCUUCUUCCUAAAAUUCACAAACCUGGGAACCCUGGUAGACCCAUCAUUAACUCGAUCAACCACCCGACGGAGAACAUUUCCAAGUUUGUUGACUUACACCUCCGACCAUUCCUGGAACAUUUACCAUCUUUUUUAAAAGACACCACAGACUAUCUAAACAAAACACCUGCUAAGAACUUACCAGAAGGUACCUUGUUAGUUACGAUGGACGUCGUUUCCCUCUUCACUAACAUACCGCAUGACGACGGCAUUGCAGCCUGUCGCGAGGCAUGGGAACGGCGCAGUACCAAACACCCAUCGACUGAUAGCCUGGUGGAUUUACUGAGACUUGUCCUCACACUUAACAACUUUACAUUCAAUGAAGGAUAA